GCCACAUUAACCAACGUAAAGUGUCUCAGGUAUCAACAUGGCUAAUGUUCGUUUUGUUUCCGUAUAUAGUGAUUAAAACCAGUAUGCUUUAGCUAUAUCUAAUCUACCACAUAAGUGGCUUGGUAGCUAACGGAAUCUACACAACUGAGCCUCUUACUAGUUCGUUAGGUUGCCUAGAUAUUCUACCACUGUACUUUCGCGUAGGCUAGUUAGAUGAUUAUUGAGGACAGCAGUGAUCGAAAGCUGGCUAGGUUGCUGCGGAGUCUGUAGGCGUAAAUUAAAGAUUGUCAGUUAGCUGGCUUGUUAGUUAGACGAAUACCUUGCGAUAUACAUCAGUUGGUUAACUUGAGUGAUAUUUGUUAGAACAAAAUCUAUAGAUCAAAACUGUAGUGUAGUUAAGUAGCUAUCACAAAUUCGAAACAUUAGUUAUAAACAUUAGCCAGGGCUCCGCGCAUCAUAAUAACUGGCUAGCUUAGUUAUAUUUUUGUUGGCAUGGCGACCGAUAUAGAGGCCAGUCUCUCUGUGUCUCUUGACCUGUCCGUGGUCGUUGAAGAGGCUGUGAGGUCUGCCGUGUGCUCUGUGCUUAACGAGAUUCAGAGAUUGAUCGGCAGAGAUGUAGCGGAGCUGCGUGCGGCAGUGGUCGGAAAAGAACGGGAAAACGAAAAACUAAGAGCGCAGCUGGAACUGGCGAGACGGGAGCUACGAGAACGGGACAGUUAUCCAAAAAAGUCUGUUUUAAAUAGCGACGUUGCAUCGCCGUGUAACGAACAUGAGAGUGGCCAUACAAGCACGUCUCAUCAUAGCAUGCACAGCAACGCGGAUGAAGACCCAAGCAGAUCGGACUUGGAACACAGCUCUUCCGUUUGGAAUCAACACUGGGACCGAGACACAGGCAGCGACAUACAGCACAAUUUUCCAGACCCACUGGAAGACAUAGAGGCAAAGCCUGACUUUACAACACCUGACGUUGAUUACAGUCUAGACGCUACAGAAUCAGAGCCAGUGCUGAACCCAAGAGAAUCUCUGGACAUGAUCCCUGAUGCUGAGUUAAUGAGGAUGGAUUCAGAUCCUUCAUACAGGAAAAGAAAGACAGGUGGCCUGGGUGAUGCCCACACCACCAAGGAGCUGACAUUCGUCCAGGUGAAAGAGGAACUCCCUGCUGGAUUGGCCUCUUCCACCGUGUCUGAAUUUUCUAACCCUGCAAAACCACAGCCUUAUAUCUGUGGAGAGUGUGGCAAGAGCUACCUCUGGUUGAAUAGCUUGAAAAAGCACCAGAAGACCCACCAGCGAGUGUACAACAACCCACGGCCUCACCACUGCACCGACUGCCCCAAGACUUUCAGCUACCUUUCCAGUCUGAAGAAGCACCAGCUCAUCCACACGGGCGAGAAGCCGCACCACUGCAGCCUGUGCGGCAAGCGCUUCCGGCAGAUCCAGCAUCUGAAGGAGCACCGAAAGACCCACGAGGACAGCAAGCCCUUCCGCUGCGGGGAGUGCGGCUGGGGCUUCAAUAAUGGUUCCAACUUCAAGCGUCACCUGCUCAUCCACACACGCCAGAAGAGGGACUAGGUUCCUGACCUUAAUUUGUGAUCUCAUGCCUUUUAAUGGAAAAAAACUUUCAAAAAAUGUCGGUUUUACUGUAUUUGCGAGAGUCAUGCAUUGCCCCAAGAUGUGAAACGUUUUGCAAAAAUUGGGUUAAAGUGGUGAAUUGCAUAUCAUUUUCACAUGUCCUGUCACUGUAUAACUUUAUUUUGUAAUUGCAAUUACUCAUGGGAAAUAUUCUACAAAGUGACUUAUUGAAUGCAAAAAUGGU